AACUAGAAGAAAGACAAGGCUAAAGAAAAGUUCAAGCUACGCAGCUGUAUUGUUAUUGUUGUUAAAUAUACAUUUGAUUUGUGUACUAUCAGACGUGUCAAUUGUUUGUUUAAUUUGUGGCUAUUGAGCCACCACUAACGACGCAAAACAGCUGGCACAUGCGCGACAUAGAGAAAUUCCAGCACAAAGGAAACGCUGAAAACAACCACCAACUUUCCAUAGAGUAGGUGGCAGGCAAGUCGGUGUCUCAGCAUUUCACUUGGAACUCUUCUGCGUGCAAACAUAAAUUUAACGUAAAAUAGCAAAACGCAGCAAUUUACAUAACUUACUCGUCGUCGAAAGUGAAACUACAUUUGCAGUGCAAAAGAAAAACCUAUUACAAAAUUCCUGCCAAGUGUAAUAAAAGUUGGCGAUAGAGGGAGACACAGUAGCGCAGAGAGCAGCAGCAGCAGCGACGUUUGCAGAAGAACACGAUUAACAGAGAGAACGUGAGAGUCGCACACACUCAUUCAAAAGGAAGAAAGAGAGCAACAACGCGUGUGAGAGAGCGAGAGAUUAAAAGCAUCUAGCAAGCGCCUCCUUUACAAAACGUGCGCACGUUUCCUUUUGUGGAGCUUUCGUCGCAUCGUCGUCGACAUCGAGACAUCGUCUUCGUUCGUUUUGUGUAUUCUCGACAACGCAAAGCUAAUCCUUUCAAGCACUACACACACACACAGUCGAAUUAAACACACACAGAGACGCGCGCGCACGCACACACAGAUAAAAGACAAACAUGUUUUCGGGUCUAACAAAUCAAUUCACCUCGCUGGUGGGCGCAGUCAAGGGCGGCGCUGGCGAUGAGGACGUUCCAGUACCCACAGGCGGUGAUGCCGCAGCUGCAACCACAUCUUCGACUGCUGCCGAGCCAGUGGCCACAUCAGCGGAACAGGAUGCUGCUGCAGCCGCUGCCGGUGGCGAAGGCAUUGAAGGCGAGGAGGGUGCCAAAAGUGGAUGGCUAGGAAGCGCCAAGGGUUGGUUGGGAAAUGCUUCAAUGCCAUCGAUGCCAGCAAUGGCAAUGCCAUCGAUGCCCUCGAUGCCAGCGAUGCCGUCGAUACCAUCGAUUCCUGGACUACGGAAGAGCGGAGCCGCCGAGGGAGCUGAGGGUGCCGAGGGCGCUGCAGAUGCCAGUGCUGCGGGUGCUGUGAGUGGUGGCGAUGAUGACGACAAGUCGAGGUAUAUUAGCGCUACUGAGGGCGCCGAUUCGCAUCCAGCAUCAGGCGGCGGCACGCCCACUGGAGAUGAGGGUCAAAUUGGACAGGGUAAGGGCGAUGAAGUGAAAAUUACCACAAAAGUAACUCAACAGGCCAAACAUUUUGGCUCGUUCUUGUCAUCGGCCAUCAGCAAGGCUGGCAGCAAGAUCAAGGAAACAGUCAAGGAUAAUACUAUUCUCGACUCAUUCAACAAGGAGCAGGAGGCAUUCAUUAAGGGUCAAGGAGGCGCUGGCAAUGGAGCUGCUCCAUGGAUUGGCCAUGCCAAUGAGUCAAAGAUCAAGGAGGAAAUUUUGGGCUUGUCACAGGAUCGUCGCAACUUUGUGCGUGCCCCGCCAGCCGGCGUGGACUUUGAGUUUAGCUAUGACACCGCAUAUCCCACUGCCAUAGCCAUUAUGGCCGAGGAUAAGGCACUCGAAACGAUGCGUUUCGAAUUGGUGCCCAAGAUCAUCACUGAGGAGAACUUCUGGAGGAAUUAUUUCUAUCGCGUCUCACUAAUCAUUCAGGCCGCCGAGCUUGGCACUUUGGGCGCUGAUGGUGUGGGCCAGGCUUCCAGCGGUGAAGAUGCCAAAAUUCAGGCAGAUAAUGCAAAGAUUGACAAAAAGUCUGGCACAGUUGUCCAAAGUGAGACAAGCAAUGAAUCUAAACAAGCAACUCAAGGAGGCGCUGUCUUUGACCAGCCAAAGCCUGUCAUUGAGAUUAAAGCGGCCGAAGAGCUUAAAGAGAGUGACAAGAAAAGUCUCUCAACGAAAAUCUCCGAGUCCGAGUUCGUUUCAGAUGAAUUCCAAACAUCAAACGAAACCGAUUUGGCUGAAAUAAAAGAUGGUAUGCGCAAAUUGGGCAUUGACAGCAUGACCCAACAGGCGCUUGCCAGCAACAACGAUGAGGAACAAUGGGAAAAGGACUUGGAGGCUGAACUUAAGGACUACGAGGUUGUCGACGAAGGAGGCACCGGCGGCGGACGCAAUAAAAACGGCGAGGACGAGGACGAGGAUGAGGAACCGACAAUAUCGAAUUUGCGCACACGUUCGUCUAACAACGAUUGGGAGGAGUAUGCCGAUUUAAUUGAGGAUACCGAUGAUUUAAAGUAAUUAAGAGCUUAUAUCGUAGUUUCUUCUAAGUUGGCUCUAAGUUUAUAACUUAACUUUUCUUUCCAUUCCUCCUUUCUACUCUCCUUUGUUUCUUUUUUACUACUUACUUAACUUACUUACCUACUCGUUUGUAUUACUACUCUCAUUAUUGGGUAUGUAACCUUAUCUCGUACCUAUACCAUAUCUAACCUAUCGACAACCAACAAUAACAAUGACAACAACAACACAGAACUUUGAAGUGCCUAAAACGCACAAUGUUGGGCUAUCAAUGAGACGAGGCAUUCUUUACGCUCUUCUAGUGUUGGCGUAAAAGAUUCCCAAAUGUAAAUAGAAUGUGCCUCGGAUCGUAUUGGAAAAGUUGGUUGAGAUUUGGGCCAAAAGCAAUGAAUUUUAUUGAGUUACCUUACAAGAUGAUAUAAGACACUAAAACCCAAAUAUGUAUUAAUUCAAUCAAUUGGCUAAUUCAAAUGAUAUCAAUCACCCAAUCCGAAUGUCAAGGUUAUCCUUUUCUUUUCCUGUUGUCACCUCCCCCCCACGCCCACGACCACGCCCACGAUGUGAAGUGGGGUGAUGAGUUGCUAGCGUUACGGGAACUUUCGCCAAUUGUUCAGCACACGAAAAAAUGGCAACAGUUAACUAUACAUAAAUGCAAAUAAAAGUAUGUACACAAACUCCAAGCUAAAACAAACAAAAACAACAACAGACAAACUGGUUAAACUAUAAUUAAAGAACGUAUAAUUCGUAUUUAAAUAUAGUAAUGAAACAAAAAUUAAAUUACAAAAAAAAAAAUGAAAAAAAUAACAAUUUCAUGAAAAUGGACAUAAAAAGCUUCAAAGGGAAACAUUUUGUUAUUUAUAUUUAUAAAUAAAUUAUAUAUAUAUACAUAUAUAUACAGAUACAGAUAAAUUAAUGCAUUUGAAUUUAAUGUGUAAAAAAUUAUUAUUAUAAAUAUAUAGAUAUAUGUAUAAUAUAUAUAAAUAUAUAUAUAUAUAUACACUAUAUGUACUAUGUAAAGAUAUUAAUAUAAAAUGAAUAAUAAAAAAAUAUAUUAAAAAAAUAAAUAAAUAAUGAAGUAAACUCAAUAUUUUAUUUCAAAGUUCACUUGGUUAUAGUUUUUAUUGACACUUUUUAUAAUUUGGCAAAGAAAAUAGAUUUGUGUUUUUGAUCAACAAUUUACGAGUAUUAUCGCAAAACUUUGGCACGCUUUUGAAUCAAAUGCUUAUAAUUUUCGUCCUAUUCUAUUUGUAUAUUUUUCACCAAGUUUUAAUAACUAUUCUAAUUCAGCAAAACACACAAAUAUGUAUUCCUUUAAAGAUAAAUGCCAAAAACAAUAAUAAUUAAAUCGGAACAUCACGUUUAAGAAAUGAAAUGAAAAAUGCAAUUAAGAAAGAAUACAAAUAACAAAAUCGCAAUUAUAAACAAUAAGCAGUUCAAAACCUUUAAAACAAAUAUAUAUAUUUACAUAUAUAUUUCACUAGACAAAUUUUUAUGCAUAAAUUGAAAGAAAGACGAUGGAAAGGACAAAAAACAAAAAACAUAAAACAAAUAAAAACAAUCUAUAUUAUCAAUGUUUUUGCUCUAAAUGUCUAACUAAUUGUUAAAAAGCAAAUUAUUUUCAGCAGACACAAGGACAUGUUAAAUGAAAUAUGAAUAUGAAAUAUCGCUAUAAAUGUGAAAUUAUUUGUUAGCAGAUGAUGAUAAUAACACAUGGAAGGUACGAAAGGUCAAAGUUAAUAACACGUUACGACAUUUAACUGAUGCUGUAUGUAUAUUAAACAUUUUACUUUUUAACAAAUGCAAAGUAUUUACAAACAAUAAAUAACAAGCAAGUGUUGAACAAAAAACUAAACAUAUUUUAAAUUGAAAUUUACUUUGUGCGUUUUUAAACAAGUUGGCAAUUAAAACCCGAAACCUAACCACAAGUCUAAAGCAAAUAUAAUUAUAAAAUAUAAUUAUAAAAGAAAACAAUAUAUAUAUAAUAUUAAUAAUAAUGAAUGACAAAUAAUGUAAUGUUGACAACGUGUUUUACAGUAUAUCAAAAUUCAAAUAAAAUCCAAAUCCAAGCAUUAACACAUAUUUUAAUGUCUGCAUACAAUUUACAUACUUAUUAUUGAAACCCAAAAAAAAAAGAUAAGAAAAUGCGUUAAUUAAAGGUUAUGAGCAAAGUUCGUUGAAGCAUUUGCAUAUGAGAAUAUAAAUAAAAAUAAGAACAAAUAACAACAGAAAAUACACACGCAGCAAUUUCCAUAAAUAUAUAUAUACAUACAAUACAAUAACAUUGCUAAAUUAAUAUAAAAAAAAUAAACCCAAAAUUGAAAACCAAACACUAUACAUAUAAUAUGUAUGUAUGUACAUGUACUAAUUAAAGUAUAUCACCAAAACAAAUAUAUAUAUAUAUAAUUUAGUUGACUAAUAAUAAAAAUAAAAAACAACAAAAAAAAAAAAAACAAAUUAUGAUCUAUACAAUGACAUCUAGACA